UGAAGCAAAAUACAUACAAGUUUCUAUUUGUGUUAAAAUUGGUGAUAUUCGUAAUAUGAAUUUCGUAUCAGUUAUAAACUUGUGAUUGUUUUGUGUCGCAUCUGGUGCUUCGUUUUACAAUUUGUUCAAAAUUAAUACUGUGAAGAUUAAAAAUUUCAUACAGCUAUGGCAGAAGGGAAUGGAGAAAUAAAAAUGGAAGAGAAACAAUCUAAAGAGGAAAUGGAAUAUGUAGAAAGGACAGAAGAUUUUUCAAAAUUAAUCCAGUAUGGGUUAGAUGAAAAAGUAGCUGCAAAACUGGAUGAAAUUUAUAAAACAGGAAAAUUAGCUCACGUGGAUUUGGAUGAAAGAGCGUUAGAUGCUUUAAAGGAAUUUCCUGUUGAUGGUGCAUUAAAUGUACUCAUACAGUUUCUUGAAUCUAAUUUAGAGCAUGUAUCAAAUAAAUCUGCGUACCUUUGUGGUGUAAUGAAAACCUAUAGGCAGAAAAGUCGAGCUGGACAAGGCACUGGUACCAGUACUACUCCAAAAGCACCAGACGAGGACAAAAUAAAAAUGAUUCUUGAACGAACUGGAUAUCCUUUAGAUGUAACAACAGGACAAAGAAAAUAUGGAGGACCUCCUCCAAAUUGGGAAGGUCCCACACCAGGAACUGGUUGCGAGGUUUUUUGUGGUAAAAUUCCAAAAGAUAUGUACGAAGAUGAGUUAAUUCCCUUAUUUGAAAAAUGUGGAAAAAUUUGGGAUUUAAGAUUAAUGAUGGAUCCAAUGGCAGGUUGCAACAGAGGAUAUGCAUUUAUCACUUUUACUAAUAGGGAAGCAGCACAGCAAGCUGUUAGAGAGCUCGAUAAUCACGAAAUAAAACCCGGCCAGAAUCUGAAAGUAAACAUUAGCGUUCCUAAUCUACGACUUUUCGUGGGGAACAUACCAAAGACAAAAGGCAAAGAGGAGAUCUUGGAGGAAUUUGGUAAAUUAACAGCUGGCCUGACUGAGGUGAUUAUCUACAGUUCCCCGGAUGAUAAGAAGAAAAAUAGAGGUUUUUGCUUCUUAGAGUAUGAAUCUCAUAAAGCUGCUUCCUUAGCAAAACGAAGACUAGGUACUGGUCGCAUCAAGGUAUGGGGCUGUGAUAUCAUAGUUGAUUGGGCUGAUCCUCAAGAGGAGCCUGAUGAACAAACUAUGUCUAAAGUACGUGUGUUGUACGUAAAGAAUUUGACGCAAGAUUGUUCCGAAGAGAAAUUGAAAGAAAGUUUCGAGGAAUAUGGUAACAUCGAAAGAGUGAAAAAGAUCAAAGACUAUGCGUUUGUGCAUUUCGAAGAAAGAGACAAUGCCGUGAAGGCGAUGAACGAAUUGAACGGAAAGGAAAUCGGAGGUUCUCACAUUGAGGUAUCUCUCGCGAAACCACCAUCUGAUAAAAAGAAGAAAGAAGAGAUGCUUCGUGCGAGGGAACGAAGAAUGAUACAAAUGUUUCAUGGUCGUAGUGGGGGUUCUCCGUCGCAUCCGAGUAUGAUGGGAGCACCGAUGCCAGUUCGUGGUCCUGGCCAAGGUCCCCGAGGUACCGGUGCAGGUAUGCGAGGACAGAUGGGACGAGGUGACUAUGCUCUCAUGGAAAUAGAUUAUGAUUACGACUAUUACGGUUAUGGGGAUUAUCGAGGUGGCUACAGUGAUCCAUAUUACGAUGACUAUUAUCGAUACGAAGAUUACUAUUUCGAUUACGCGCCGCCUCCGCCACCUGCCAGAGGGAGAGGCAGGCAGCCUCAACCGGCUGGACGUGGCCGUGGAGUAGUGCCGCGUGGCAGAGUCGGUGGGCCGCAAGUACGUGGGCCAGUCAGGGGGGGACGCAACCCCGCAACUUCAGGGCCCCGUGGGGUCCAGCGGCUGUCCGCUCGUGGGGGGGCCCGCGCCAAGGGAAGUUUACCAGGUGAGGAUGCAGGUAAACGAAAAUUUGACGGGGGUCACCAGAACCAGGGGGAAUCUAAGCGUCGCUUCCAGAGCAACUGGGGAAACCAACCCCUCGCCCAACAACCACUGGGCAAUGCGUACGGAUUGGCGAGUGUGAACGGUGGCAGUGGUGGUGGUGGCGGCGGAGACAUGGGAUUUGGAGGUAGGACCGCCACGCUCGGCGGUGUUUCCAGCGACGAUCACGAAUGGUACCAAGACUCCUACCAAUCGUGGAGCUAACUUCUGCAAGUCUGUGAGUGAACACGCACGCAAGCAAGCACGCACGUAAGCACGCACGCACGCACGACGAACGAAUUCAUGA